CGCUCGAAGUGACAGCAGCCGCAUGUGCCAGUUGCGCUCAGAAAACGGAUUUAAAGUGAACUGAAGGUAGAAUCUGGAGUCCAUACAUCUCUGUGGUGUUUUGAUGCAAAACAGGAUGUGACAUCAUCAGUCUUAUGUCUUCUGCUCGUGCAGUUUGGGUAUGAGUGAGGAGCCCCAUCCUCAUUCGCCCAGCUGACCAAUCAGAAUGUUCGAGGUGAAGCCCAUGAGCGUGGUGAAGGAAACUGCUGCGGGAAUAGAUGAGGGCAGUAAGGUGUGUGACAGCAGUUUAAAUGCAUGUGGAGGAGAUUCGUUGUAUCUGUACGAGGGUCAGGACUGGGUCAUCUCACCCUCCUGCUCUCCAGAGGAAACCAGCGCCAUCUCACCCAUGCUGGCAGAGGAAACAUUCCGCUACAUGACAUUUCUAGCUGUGGGUCCCUCCUACACCUCCUCUAAAGUUCUGAGUGCUGAUCGGGUGGAGCAGAUGACCAAGACCUACAAUGACAUCGACGUGGUCACUCACUUACUGGACGAAAGGGAUCGGGAUCUGGAAUUGGCCGCUCGGAUUGGUCAGUCCCUCUUGCAGAGGAAUCACAUACUUCAGGAAAGGAAUGACUCGUUGGAAGAGCAGCUAGCGCAGACCGUAGACCAGGUUCAUCAACUUCAACAUGAAUUGGGAAAGAAGAAUGGACUCCUGCGCAUGGUUGCGAGCGCCAGCGAAGAGAGUGAGACCGACUCCAGUUGCUCCACGCCACUACGCCACCCGCCAACUGCAGGAGCCGCUCUCGCACUCAGCCAGCUGGAGGCGCUACACGCCAAACUACAAGAGCUGGAGGAAGAAAAUUUCUCACUGAGAUCAGAGGCCUUUCAGCUGAAGAAAGAGACAGUCACAUACGAAGAGAAGGAACAAAAAUUGGUGAACGACUGUGUUAAAGAGAUACGUGAGUCCAACAGUCAGAUAGUAAGUCUUGCAGAUGAACUGUCUAAGAAGAAUGAGGAUGUACUGAGACAUCAGGAGGAGAUCACGCAACUCCUCUCACAGAUCGUAGAGCUCCAACACAGAGUCAAAGAGUUGGCGCUUGAGAAAGAGGAGUUGAGAAUUCACCUUCAAGCCUCAAAGGAAGCCCAGCGACAACUCACUGCUGAGUUGAAGGAGCUGGCAGACAGGAAUGCUGAGUGUGUGGGAAUGUUACAUGAGUCUCAGGAGGAGAUCAAGGACCUACAAAGUAAGAACACACCAUCUGCAGGCCUGCGCAGACACAUGUCUUAUGGACUGUACCCAAUGGAUUCUUUGGCAGCUGAGAUUGAGGGCACAAUGAGGAGAGAUAUUAGUGUCGAGGAGGAAAUCGCAUUUCAGGAUCAGAGGUCAUCCCAUAAGCGUGUGUUCCAGACGGUCCGGUCUGUGAAUGAAUCCGUGAUGAGAGCAGCAGCCGCAGUGCUUCUGAUCCCUGGAUCAGCCCGCAGUGGCGUUAUCAUGUCCACAGUGCCCUCUCAAUCACACACUCCAAAUACAGAGGAGGGAGCUGCAGAUCUGGACACCACCAAAGAGAACUCACGCCUGGGUGAGCCUGGCACUCCGGGAGGAAAUGACCUUACGUCUGCCCUACAUCGCCUCUCUCUGCGGAGGCAGAACUUCCUGUGCGAACGACAGUUCUUCCAGGCCGAGAGAGAUCGGAAGCUUCAGGAACUGGUUGCAGCAGAGUCGGAAGGGGGUGGGAGCGCGAGCGGCUGCAGUUCACCAAUGGGAAGCACUGUCUCGUCUUUCACCAACCUAUCAGAAUUUUCUAUCUCCUCGAGCUGUUUCAAGACCUUUCUGCCUGAAAAACUGCAGAUUGUUAAACCAAUGGAAGGUUCUCUGACUCUUCAUCACUGGCAGCAACUUGCUAAACCCCACCUGGCCACUAUUCUCGACCCCCACCCAGGCAUAGUUACCAAAGGUUUCCACCCUCUUCCUCAGGAUGAUGUUUACCACCUGACAGACCUUGAAGAAGAUGAAGACAAGGAGAGGCCACCAUGGGAACAGAAGAGAAAGGGAGAGGAGGCACAGGACGCAAAGCAGAAAGAGGAAGAUGAGGACGAGGAAGAAGGAAUCACAUUUCAUGUGCAGUCAUCGUCCACUCCAGAUGAGAGGAAGGAGAAGAGGCAUGUCCUAACCUCAACUAAUGUCCUGCCUCUUCCAGUAUCCCUCAGGAGCUCCCCACUGCCCAUAGCAACAGCCGUUUCCUUAGCAACAGCAGUUAAUCAGACAGUCAGCUCAGCACCUGCAGUAUCAGGCGCAGCAGCUCCCCAUUUUAAUCUAAAUCUCGGUUCUAAGGUGCCCUCUACAGGUACACAACUGUCUCUGCAGCCACCAUUGAGUUAUUUUAGAGAUUGUGUGACUAGUUUAUUAAUGUGUUUUUCUUUGUGUUUAGGUGUAAAUCCUGGAAAAUAUCAGAGCUCCACCUUUUCCACAUACACUUUUACUACCUGUCGGAUCCUACAUCCUAGUGACAGCACACAGGUUACGCCCAGCACUGUCUGCAGUCUGUCUGUGAGUGACAACACACCGAGUUCUCUUCGGACUGGUCCUAGUACACCCGUCACACCCUGUAGACUGAGUUUGGGUGACUCCUUCCCCAUUCGCCGCCCUGCAGCUCCCCCUGGUGGCCUUGCCAAACUCCUGCUAGAGAAAGGCAUUUCUGCUCAAGGUCCCACUUUUGUGGCGCCGCCUAAAAAGCCUCUUUCUCUACGUCUUCUCCCAAGCACCCCCCCUAACUCACCUUCCCACUCCCCAUGCUCCUCUCCCGUGCCUUUCGAUUCACGAUCCGCCUCGUCUGAAAACUUCCUGGCGUCCCGUCCUGCCGAGCUCUUCCUGCAAGAUGUUUACGGGCUUAAACUCGGCCGUGCCUCAAGAACGGAUCUCUUAAGGCCAGAACGUUCCCCUCAAGAGCAGUCAACCAAACCUGACCGUCAUGGGGUCAACCUUGUUGAGCAUCUUCGUAAGCUAGGCUUGGAUAAAAAAGUGCGCCAGAGGGCAGAUGCUGACGGUGCCCAUGCACUAGAAUCUGCCACAUUCCUUGCAACAGGAGGAGGUAGCUUAUUGGAUGGACUUCGACGUAAUCAAAGUCUCCCUGCCAUGGUUGGUUGCCGUAGUGCAUCCGUCUCCAGUCCAUCCUUUCCUGUCCUGCCCCCACACCCUACUUCCCUGGCCCUUCCCACUCCACCAUGGGGGAACCUGAAUGAACCACGCCCCUCACGUAGACACGCCUCCCUUUCUCAGCCCCCACCCUUUGUGCAUAAUUCAUAAGGCAGCGGGAGUGGCCUCAAACUGUACAAAUUAUAAAUCAGUGGCAUUGUUUUGGUGACUGACUUCAUAUCCUACACAUUUUUAUUUCCCCUCCUGCUUUCCAUAAAUUGAGAGGGAAAGAGGCUGAAAGAAAUUUGAAGAUGAUACUGGGUUGUUUUUAAAAGCACAAUAAUGAAGUAGAUGUGUCUUGUUGCCAUGUUAUUGUUGAAAUGAAGAUUUUAAAGGCCUUAUCAUAGCACUCGAGAGGAAAUACAGACCUCUAAUCCCAUUUUUCCCCUUAAACACCAUUUUUGCAUCUUUGCUACAUGUAUUUCCUCUCUUUAUUUUCAAGCCUUUUGUCCUUUAUUUUGUCUGAUUAACAUAUUGUUAAACCUUAUUUUCUGCCAGUUAACUCAUGGGGCUGUGGAGGCGUGUUUUAGAUGCUUCAGGAAGGAGCAAGUACGUGGAGAUGGUUGAAAGAAGGUAGGAAAGCAGGAAGGAAACAAAGAAUGAUGGAUGUUAAGCAGGAAAGAAAGCAGGACAGACAGAAGUUAGAAAACAGGAAGGAAAGAUAGGAAGCCAGAAGGUAGAAAGUUAAAAAAGCAGGAAGGAAGGAGGCAAGAAAAGAAAAAUCAUGAAGGUAGGAAGGAAGUCUAAAGGAAUGUUAUAAGACUGGAACUAUGAUGGUUUCUGUAAGUUUAUUUUGAAUAUAGUGUCACCUUGAUUUAGUCUCCUGGUGGUUUGCAUGUAGAGCGUCAAAGGUGAAGUGUAUAAAGAAGAUUGGCGUAAUGAACACAGAAAUGAAACUGAAUGGAAUUUAAGAAGUACAAAUAGAAGGUUGCAUCUCCACAGCCUCAUUUUAGGGGUCUUGAUUCAUUCAGAGGUUCUCCAAGUAGUUAAGCCAUCUGUCACACACAACAGAUGGAUAAUACCUUUCAGAUGUUUAGUAGAACAAAACCCUAUCUGUUUUGCAACAUUAUAUCCAGUUGUAGGUGGCAGAUAAAUGUGUAGCUGUCCAACUGAGCCGUUAUGUCCAUAAUUGUGCUAUAAAAUGUUUACGUCAUACAUACUGCCAGCAUGCUAGUGUAUCUGAACUAGCUAUUAAUCAGUUAUCCAAAUCAUGUAUUUAUUCAUUUGCACAGAAUUAAUUGGUUUUCGGUAAAGUUGGUGAAGAAAAGAACAGAUCUGCAACGCUCAGGAUUUUAUUUACUUUGGGUUUGUACAGAUAUUUAAACUACUUGUAACCUUGUUAUAAUAUUCAGGGACUGUGUAUUUAAGGGAAUGAAGUGAUUGGUUCAUAUGUACACUAGAUGUGUGAAAAGGUUCAAAGUGAUGCACACAGAUUUAACACGUUUUGGUUUAACAUGAUUCCAUAUCUGAACCGGAAUGCAAUUGCUCUUUGAUUCCUAUAAUCGUUUUUUUUUUUUUUUAUCUUUACUAGAGUAGGAUACGUGUCAAUUUAAGGUAAUUCUUGAUUGCUAUUACAUCCCUCAAUAAUCCAAAAUACAAUUAAGUUUUAGUGAUAAAAUACACACAACCUUUCUCUUAUCUGACAGGCCAAGAUAACCCCUUUUAUUACAGUACAUGGUCUUGACUUUGACCUUUGAACCCUGAGUGAAUUGUUCAUUGGCCCCAUAUGUGCUUCCUCGUCAUUUUCACUUAUACUUUCCACUAUUUUCUAAUUUUAUGCACUUUUAAUUUUCAACUCUUGUUGUUGUUUUUGUAAAUAGACAUUACCCAUGUUAUCUCUCAAUACAGUAAAACUAGACGCUUAACUUGAGAGUUAAUUAUAUUAUUUACUAACCCAUUUAAUUUAGGAAUGAGAGUUUAAUAUAUAUCAUGUUUUUUAGGUGGAGUUUGAGAAGGGACUCAACUCUCAAAGACCUUGUAUAUGCAUUAAAACCAAAAUUAUUUGUCCAUUAUGUCUGAAUUGUAAUUUUAUAAGCUAAAAUUGUGUGUCUGUGUGGUAAACUGAACUUUUUGUGUUUUGUAGUAAACCUAAUGACAGCACAGGGAAAAUAAAUAAGUCUGCUUUAGAAACUUGUGUUCCAGGUGAGAAAUGUGUGGGCUUUGUUAGAUGCUGACAAACAAGAAUACAAACUAAGCUAAUUGUGACUUAAACCAUGUUUAUUGCAUAAUUUAGGGCUAUCCGUAACCAUUUCGGAUCAAAUCAUACACACUUUUUAGAAUUAUACCAGCACGCCUGCUGCAUAUACUGUAUACAUUAACUGCUUUAUGGUACUACUUAAUGCACAAAUUAAGUUUAAGUAUCAAAGUGUCCUUCCAUCCUGCUGCCAUUCAGGUCAAAGGUUAAUGCUUGAAGAUGAUGUCACACAUUAUGACAUCAAGCACCAAGUUUUUACUUUUGUGCUAAUGAUACUGUUAAUAAAGAGAGUUCUAGUCAGAUGAAAUACAGCAGUAAUCAUGCCCGAUGUGUUUUCCUAUAUAUUUGGAUGCUGUUAGAAUCCUGUGUCAGCAUUGUUCUUUUGCAUUGUUCUUUUUAUUUAAUAAAACAAACAAAAAUCAAUCUC